GUACCGGGAGUUGGAUGUGCGUUUUGCCCCACAGGAGAGAUCCGGAGUCGGGCUGGAGAGACCGGGCCGAUGGCGCAACGGUAUGAAGACCUGGCCCACUACGGCUUGGACGGGGUGGGGGUCGGGGUCGGGGUGGGAGGGGUGUACGGGGACCCCCACCACCCCCACCACCACGCUGCAGCGGCGGCAGCGGCGGCGGCGGCGGCCCGCUCCGUCCACCUGAACCCCGGCGGGCCGUACCAGCCGCACCAGUUCGCCCAGUCGGCCCACAGCAGCCUGGGCUCGCCCGCCGUCAGCGACGCCGUCAAGAGAGACAAAGACGCCAUUUACGGGCAUCCUUUAUUUCCUCUGCUUGCACUGAUUUUCGAGAAAUGUGAACUGGCGACCUGCACGCCGAGGGAGAGCGGCGUGGCCGGGGGAGACGUCUGCUCCUCGGACUCCUUCAACGAGGACAUCGCGGUGUUCUCCAAGCAGAUCCGCUCAGAGAAGCCUUUAUUCUCAUCAAACCCAGAGCUGGACAAUUUGAUGAUUCAGGCCAUUCAGGUGUUGCGGUUCCACCUCCUGGAGCUGGAGAAGGUGCACGAGCUCUGCGAUAACUUCUGCCAUCGCUACAUCAGCUGUCUGAAGGGGAAGAUGCCCAUCGACCUGGUGAUCGACGACCGAGACGGAAACAAGUCCGACAGCGACGAGUUCACCAGGUCAUCAGGGAAUAUCGAUCAGAUCUCGUGGAGCAGAGAUCACGACGACGCGGCGUCGAUCCGCUCGGCCGGGACGCCGGGGCCGUCCAGCGGCGGACAGACGUCCCACAGCGGAGACAACAGCAGCGAGCAAGGAGACUGCCUGGACAACGGCGUGGCGUCGCCGAGCACGGGGGACGACGACGACCCCGACAAGGACAAGAGACACAACAAGAAGAGAGGCAUCUUCCCCAAAGUGGCGACCAACAUCAUGCGGGCGUGGCUCUUCCAGCAUCUCACGCACCCGUACCCGUCCGAGGAGCAGAAGAAGCAGCUGGCGCAGGACACCGGCCUGACCAUCCUGCAAGUCAACAACUGGUUCAUCAACGCCAGGCGGCGGAUCGUCCAGCCCAUGAUCGACCAGUCCAACAGAGCAGUGAGCCAGGCGGGACCGUACGGCCCAGAUGGCCAGCCAAUGGGAGGCUUCGUCAUGGACGGCCAGACGCACAUGGGAAUCCGGCCACCUGGUGCGAUGGGUGGGGUGGGGAUGGGGAUGGGUGUGGAGGGACAGUGGCACUACAUGUAACCCCCUCCCCCCUCCCCCAAAACCAGGGGAUCCAGCCCGGAGCCGGGACGACGCUGAUUGUAUGAAGACCACGGCUGGCGUGGAGCGGGACCCCGCGCCUCUUCACCUCCACCCCUCUGAACCUCCUGACUCCUCCAGGUGCUGCCGGCGUCUCCACACACACACACCUGAGACGGGUCGCCUCUCAAUGUCCGCUGUAGUGCGUUUGUGUGAUGCAUCGUACGUAAUAUCUAACCCAGCAGGAGUUCUGUCGCAGAACGGAAGAGCUCAAGAAUGGACUGAAAGAUCUCAGAUGAGGAUGCAUCGAGGGUCGGUUUGACGGACGGGAAUGGAGAAACGAUGCAGGACAUUCAAAAGGAGCAAGAAUCGACACUUGGAGCGUACAGUCCAUCUGAAACUGUAAAGACGCUUCUCUGCUCUCACGUUCUUGAGAGGUUGGAUCUCAAGACGAUGCGGGUAAGAUUGUUCUCUACGAGGGUCACAAAAACCGACUGGACCUUUUUUUUGAUCUGACCAUCUCCUGUGAUGAUCGCCUGCCCAGCCGGACGUCAGGACGCUCAGUGGACGGGAUGGUAUCGGCUCUCUGAGGCCACGCAGCCGGACCGGGCCUUUCCCUUUUGGACUA